AUGGCCAGUUUGGUUCCAAAUGUCUGGGCAGCCAUUCUCAUUCCCGUGCCUGCGUCCACCCUGGCCGUCGCCCUGCGGCUCAAGGCCAGGCGGAUGACGCGCAUGGGCAUGGGACGUGACGAUGGCUUCGCCGUCGCCGCCUGGAUCUUGGCCGUCGGCUAUACAGUCGACCUCAUUGUCUGUAAGUCUUGUGUUUUGGUCAAACAGACGCCUGCUCCUGCCCGUGGUUGUGCUGAUACCAGCCCAGGGGCAACCUGCUUCAAGCUUGGCCAACCCAUCGGUUCCUACAGCCAAGAGAUGAUCGACUACUACACGGAAAAGUCGACCUUGAUCCUCUGGACUAGCGAAUUUUUAUACUCUUGGGCUAUUUUCUGCGCCAAAAUAGCCGUCCUCUGCUUCUUCCUCCGCGUCUUCCGAUUCUCCUCCAUCCGUAUUCCCAUCAUCCUCCUCAUCACCUUGUGUUCCAUCUGGAUUACGAUACGCACCUUUUUCACCCUACUACGCUGCAGACCUGUUCAGGCUUUCUGGGUCCAAUCUAUCAAAGAUGCCACAUGUUUCACAAACGUCCGUGCCUAUUACCUGGGCACAGAUGUCACCCACUCCUCGAUGGAUUUCAUCAUCUUGGCUCUUCCCAUAUACGAAGUCUCCAGAAUGAAACUCCCGUUUGGCCAAAAGAUUGCUGUUGUCGGCCUCUUCGCCACCGGAUCUCUUGUCGGAAUUGCGUCCAUCUUCCAAAUCGUCGAAUCUCAGAAUUAUGAUCCCCACGAGCUGCCGUAUGACCUGGCCCUGUGCAUGGUUUGGGGAGGUGUCGAACUCCAUCUGGCCGUCUUUAUAGGUUCUCUCAUUCUACUCCGACCGAUAUUUAGCAAAUUCGUUCCUGGUCUUGCCUCCCAAGCAGCUAGCAAGGCUGCGAGCCGCCCGACUCGUUCGAGUGUUGCCUUUCAGCCGGGGGAGAGUUCCCGACGCCCUAGCAGUCUGCCAGACGACGCUGAGCUAGACAUGGAGGCCCUUGGUCCAACUACGACCAUCAGACGUGGUAGCUCACUAGCCCUCAAGGGACACGCCUCCAGCUUGACACCGAUCUGUAUUCAUAAUGAGGAAUGCGAUGCAGAAACUUUACCAGAUCUUCAAGAUAAUGAUUCAGGAUGCUCGCAAAGUACUGCUGUAUGA